CCGCGCCACGUCAGCUCCCGGCGGCCACGCCCCCUCCCCAGCGGUGUCUGUAACUGUGCUGGCGCGGCCCCGGCGCUUCACGCGCACGCGUUGCUCUCCCGCCGGCUCCCCAGCGCACACACCCGCGCUCACUCGCGCACUCCCGUCUGGCCGGAGAACCGCGCCGCCGCCUCGGCCCCGCGGAAGCCCCACCGCGCCAUGUCUUCGCCUCCCGAAGGAAAACUAGAGACUAAAGCUGGACACCCGCCCGCCGUGAAAGCUGGUGGAAUGAGAAUUGUGCAGAAGCACCCACAUACUGGAGACACCAAAGAAGAGAAAGACAAGGAUGACCAGGAAUGGGAAAGCCCCAGUCCCCCUAAACCAACUGUGUUCAUCUCUGGGGUCAUUGCCCGGGGUGACAAAGACUUUCCCCCGGCGGCUGCGCAGGUGGCUCACCAGAAGCCGCAUGCCUCCAUGGACAAGCAUCCUUCCCCGAGAACCCAGCACAUCCAGCAGCCACGCAAGUGAGCCUGGACCCCACCAGCCUCCCCCGCAGCCCCAGCUCUGCUGCACCUGGCAUUUCCCCGAAAGAGAGAACCAGCACUUUCUCCCAAAUUCCCCUCUACUCGGAAAUCUAAGGCAAAAUGAGGUGCUCUGUCCUUUGCCUUAUAUUUCCAUAUUUAAAGCUAGAGACGGCUCCAGCCCAAACCUUGUUUAAGGGGAGUCUGGUUGGAUGUCAUUUGAGGAUUAUUGUGCCCCCAGAGGUGCCAUUAGCAGAACUUGCCAAGAUCUGAGGAAAACUGUAGCUUUAGUUCUAUUUCAGCAGUCACCUGACAGCCUUGUCUGUGGUCUUCAAAACAAGAAGGCACAAAUUUGAGAGGAUCAGAUUAAGGUUAAGAGAAAAGGUCAGUCAUUGCAUGCUUUUAGUAUUAGGACGAUAAAAUCUCAGCACCUACAGGAGAGGAAGAAAUAAGGGAAUUCAUUUGGGUGGUCCCUCGGGCCCUUAGAGGCAGGGAACAAUGCCAAAUUUCCCUCCCUUGAGAUGGGGGAUCCUAUGCAGGCUGAUAAGGUACACACAAGAAAAGCCAAAAACAUACAUCUUAGAAAUAGCCCCUCAAUUCCAGGAGGCAGCAUGCCAAAAAAUGAGGCUGGAGGCAGGUGGCUCCAAGGGAGGCCUUCUGGAAUGAGGUCUCGGCGUGGCAGGCCCAGCAUCGCCUCAGUCCAGAUGGGCUCCACCAGGAGUUGAAGCAAGACUGGCCUUUCGGGAAUCACCUCCUGAGCCACUUCAGAGUUCUGCAAGUGCCCAUGGCCCAGGGUCAAGGAAUAGACCUCUAGCUCAUUCUGGAACAUGUGAGCCAGAGAGUCGGAAGCUUGGAAAGACCAGUUGAAAAACCUGCCCUUUGUCUCCCAAGGGACAUGGAAUACCACAUUCCAUUUGUGCUAGAAAAACCUAUUCACUGGUGAGUCUAACUGCCCCAAAUGCCUCCCGCCCGUGCACACAGCUGCCCGGGCCCAUCGUCACUUGGGCACGUCAGGUGGUCCUCUAGUUUUUGUUUUUUUUUUUUUUUUUUUUUUUUUGAGGCGGGGUUUUGCUCUUGUUUCCCAGGCUGGAGUGCAAUGGCGCAAUCUCGGCUCACCGCAACCUCCGCCUCCUGGGUUCAGGCAAUUCUCCUGCCUCAGCCUCCUGAGUAGCUGGGAUUACAGGCACGCGCCACCAUGCCCAGCUAAAUUUUUGUAUCUUUAGUAGAGACGGGGUUUCACCAUGUUGACCUGGAUGGUCUCGAUCUCUUGACCUCGUGAUCCACCCGCCUCGGCCUCCCAAAGUGCUGGGAUUACAGGCUUGAGCCACCGCGCCCGGCCUCGGUCCUCUAGUUUUUAGAUGAAUUUCCUGUCUAGAGGUGUCCUAGUCUGCUCACUGGCUGGUAGCAGUAGCAUCUCCAAAAAGCAAGAGGGCUCACUUAGACAAAACUGCAGUGCUUGUGGAGGGCCCGACUAUCCUGCUCACCCUCAGGACUGCUGCAGGUCAGCAACUGUGCCGUGGCCAACCAGCAGCCUUUCUGGUACUGUUCUCCAGUUCACGUCUGCCAGCUGGUGAGGGCAGAGGCAGACCUGGUCAGAACCAGCAGCCCCUCCUCCGUGAGGGGGCAUGGCAUGGCCUCACACUUGAAAGGCAGUGUUUGGUUUCCCAUCUCAUCUUCUUAAGGGAAGCCGGUGCAUACCCUUCAAGGCCCUGUCACCACCGAUUUCCUCAUCAGUUGGCAUAUACUGAGGGUGGCUUUUAGAGACUCAGGCUUGGUCGGCAGCACUGCUGUGGAACACCCCAGCAGGCACCUUCUACCUGCCUUUCGGAGCCAGCACCCAGGAGGGAUGCCACACUCCCGCAACACCAGGUCAGCCCCUGCGGACCCCUGCCCCUGCCACUGCAGAAAUUCAGAAGUGCCCUUAGUGCUUCUCAGGCUUCAGCGGAAGGGAGGGCUGUUCUUUCCAGAGGUGCAUUUCUUUAUGUACUGUUAGCUGGAUCUGGCAUGCAUCCGUGGGCUUUAGAUCAUUACAUCCAAAUUAUUUGCCUAAAUGAGUUUAUCAAUUGUUAACUUGAAGAAUAUUAAUUGUUUCUAAUAAAGCUCCUGCAUUUCUCUCCA